AAUUCAUUGUUUUCGUCAUUUCGUGUUCUGCAUUGUUUGUUGUAAUUUACCUAUUAUUUGUAAAAUAUUGCAAGACCUACAUUUCGAAACUCAAUGUAGUUUUAGUUAAUUACUAAAUCACAAAAUGAGUUUCGCGAACGUUGGUUCUUUAAUACGCAACUGUAGUGGUACGAGUUUACGAUACGAGCAAGCGUGUUUGGAGCUAGUCACCAAUGAAAAAAUAAGCUUCUGGAGUCAAUCUGAAGAAUGCCAGGGUUGUGUUUUGCUGGAGACAUUUAAGUUGCCGGCUACAGGCGCCGUCGUGGUACAAACCUUGAACCCUUUGCGAUACGCCAUCAAAAAUGAUCAUGGAGUUAUUUGCAAUGGUACAUACCAAUUCGGCGAAUAUGGCCAGUAUAGCAUAAAUGUCACUGAUGUGACGACGGAUGAGUGUUUGCCGCGGAUGACGGCGGAACCAGAUGCGCCCGCUUUACCCAUUCUCACUGCCGUGGUCAUUCUGUUGUCUAUGGCAACACUAUGGUACAUCGUGAAGGGAAUAGGCAAGAGGUUCAUCGCUGGCCGCUUCUAUGCCAGAUUUUUUGGAAGAGAAGAUAACGAGCUUGGCUCUGAGACCCGAGUGCUAACGACGGAGGCGAGUGUACCACGCUCGCCGACCAGGUCCAGACUGCGCUCGCUUGACAUCUUCCGCGGCAUCGCUAUCGCUCUCAUGAUAUUCGUGAAUGCUGGCGGCGGUGGUUACGCUAUCUUCAAUCACAGCACAUGGAACGGCCUCACCGUGGCUGAUAUAGUGUUCCCAUGGUUCGCAUUCGCUAUGGGAGAGUCCCUUGUACUUUCACUCAAUGGACGGCUGAGGACUUCUAUGCCGAGAUGCACUGUUUUAUAUCAGGUGGCACGCCGGGCUUUAGCCAUGGCUGUUCUGGGCAUCGUCCUGGGUUCGGUGAACGUGUCGUGGUCGAACGUGCGCCUGCCAGGCGUGUUGCAGCGUCUCGCGGCCAUGUACCUCAUCGUGGGUGCUCUAGAGUGCGCCUUUAUGAAGACCAGCCAGGAUAUCACGCCGGGUCGCUCGUUAUUCCGCGACAUCGUGGCCGGCUGGAAACAGUGGCUGGUCACCAUCGUACUUGUCGUCAUUCAGGUGUGCAUAACCCUGGCAGUGCCUGCGCCAGGCUGCCCUCGAGGGUACAUGGGCCCUGGAGGUCUCCAUAUGUCGAUAGAAGGGAACUAUCUGGAGAACUGUACCGCCGGUAUCGCUGGCUACAUUGACAGGCUUAUCCUGGGCGAGUCUCAUCUAUACCAGCACGGCGUGUUCCGCAAGCUGUACCACACACCACUGCCGCACGAUCCUGAGGGCAUCCUGGGAAUUUUCUCUGGCGUUCUGGUGGUCCAGGCUGGUGCACACGCGACUAGGAUCAUGUUGGUUUACAACCACGCCAGAGCCCGCAUGAUGCGUUGGUUACUCUGGGCCCUAACGUUUACUAUGGCCGGCGCCGCGUUGACUCUCUUCACGAGAAACGACGGGGUUAUACCCAUAAACAAGAAUCUAUGGUCGCUCUCCUACUGCUUGGUGACAUCUUCGAUGGCGUUCGUCGUGCAAGCAAUGUUAUACUUUGUGGUCGACGUGAAGAACAAAUGGGGCGGUCGCCCUUUGUACUACGCUGGUCAAAAUGCCCUAUUUUUAUAUGUGGGCAGUGAACUCCUUAAGAAACAUUUCCCCCUAACGUGGUACGUCGCAGCGCCCUCUCAUCAACAGAUGCUGGCCGCCCACUCCGCCGCCAUGUUGAUCUGGCUCGCUGUCGGUGUAGUACUGCACAGAAAACGCAUCUUUAUCACUUUGUAAUAAGGUUUAUGUUUGCUGAGGGCGAGCUAAUUUAAUCUUUUAUUUAUACAUAGAUACUGGCCAACAGAAAAAAAUAAACUUUAUUUUUUUUUUAAUACGGGGCUUAUUAUACAGUUAAAUAGGUAGGAUUAUAAUUUAGAUCAAAAUUAUAAUGCUAGUGCAGCACUUUUAACAUUAGUAAAAAUUAUAGAAUACCUUUUAACCCUUGGCGCUCCGCAUGUUUUUGUUCCUCUGCCUACCAGCAAUUCCGGCAUAUUUUCGCAGCGAAACGAGCGAAAAGGAUUCUUAUUUUAAGUGAGAAAAAUUACACGUGCUUGUAAAUGUUUGAGAUUUUAUUUAUUAUAUACAUACAUGCAGUCUCUUCUUGUCAAUGAGAGAUAAAUUUUAAAUUGUAUAAUUCACCAUGUUGUGAUACCUUUGGAAACAAUCUCCCACGUGCAUUCUCGGUUUGCUUGGGCAAGUGUUAACUGAUUCUUCCUGCGAUUCUUCGCUUUCACAUUCAAUAACUAUCAUACGUCGUCUCUUUGGUAGUAUAAUUUCGGAAUCAAUACUUAAAGUGUCAGAAUUAUAAUCAAUAUUGUCUUCCACAAUAUCUUCUAACAUCGGAAAAUCCAACACAUCUUCAAUGUCACUCAAAUCUUUAUUCACAUCACAAUAAUUAUUUUUCUCCAUACUGCUAACAGCAAAAUGGGUAAAAAAAUUAUUCAAUCGUAACAGUAAAGAGACUGAGAACGUUUUAACAACAGAUAACAAUUGCCAUCGCCAACAAUUUCGUAACAUCUUAGUAUAUUCAUUAUAAAAACAUUGGGCUCCACAACGGAACAAAUGACUGACGGCUCCGUAGCGGAGACAACGGGGCGCAAAGAGUUAAAACUUAGCUAUUAAAUUGAUUUUUCAUUUUCGCCUUAUAUUUAAGACAGAUACACGCACACACGUGUGAACCUAUUUGUUUGCUAGUGUAAUAAAUCCCUAUAAAAUAUGUGUUAAGGUAUGUAAAAAAAUAUUAUUCAUUAUGUUUGAGAAAAACAAUUGAAGGUUACGAUUUCCCGCUAAAAAUUUAUACUUCAUACAUAUUAUUCUUAGUCUAUUAAUGUUUUAUUUUUUUUUUUGUUCUGGCAAUUUAUGGCCAGUAUCUAUUGUAUAAUAAGGUGACAUGACUAUAUUUUACGUGAAUAAUAAUUUUCUAUUUAAUUCGAUAUUAUCACGAAAUAUAUGUUAUAAAAAAAUUAUAAGACGAGAUGCCAAAAGUUUAAUUUAACGUCGUUUUAAAUUGACUGAAAAUGUAUUAUUGACUAUUAACGAAAUAAAUUAAACAAAUUAAUCAAUUUUUUUUUCGAUUUGUUUAGUUUCAUUCUUUUGCAUUUUAUUUUUUAAUUAACUAUAUUUUCUUCACGCCUAGUCUCAUAAGGGGUAGUUAAAAAGAAGUAAAAAUCGACGGCUUAUAUUGCUUAGAUAAAUUUUGAUCCUUAUGAGUUUAAUCAUUGGCAUGGACUAAUACAUUUUAACGCUCAGCUAAGAACAAGAAAUAAUACAUACUCAUAUUGUGGUCUCUUUUCUUUGUAUGCUAAAUUAGUCUGUGAGAAUAGGACAAGAAUUAUGCUUUUUUUUAUUAUUAUAGAUCGUAGUUUGAGAAUAAGAACUAACAUUUAUGUUACGUACUGGGAACUCUUAGAAUUGUAUCGGCGAUAUGGCUUUUAAAGUUACACUAGUAUUUACCCGUGGUUUCGUCCGCGUGUAUAGCCUAAUAGCACGUAGUUAUUGAAUUUCAUAAUUGUUUCAGCCGUUAAGGUGCUAAGAGGUACCAAACAUACUUUCACAUUUCUAAAAUUGGUAAAAACAGUAACUUCUAUGUUAUUAUUUGCUAUAAUCAUAGGUGACUGAUAUUUAUGCAAAUAUUAAUUGAAUAUUUAUCAUUUAUAAUGUGAGAUCAUUAUUGAAAAUCGAUAUACGAAUUUUGUAUUGAUUAUAGAGUUUAAUCCAAUUGGUUGAUUUUGUAAAAAGUGUCUAUUAAAUUAUAUAUGUAGUUGGAUUUAUAUUUAAAAUGAUUAUCUGAUAGCUGCAUGGCCAAAUAUGGGCAUGUCGAGUGAUACGUCCAUCACGACGGUAACUAUCGACAAGUCUGACUACCCCAUUGAGAAUUAUAGUCGUGAGUAUAUUUCUGAUGUUAUGUUUUUCGUAUAGAGUGAAAUAAAAAAAAAAUAUAUAUAUAUAUAUAUAUAUAUAUUAUGUUAUAUAGAAUAAUCAUAUAAAAUUUUAUAAAUAAAUAAUACCACUGUUUUUAAUUCUGUAUUUCUUUAACACUGCAAAAAUAAAACAGUUGUAAAGAAAACAUAUGCUCAAGUAUCGAAAAGCGAAUAUUAAACUAACGUAAAUUAAAUAUUAGUGAUUAAGAAAAAAUAAUUUUAAUAUUGUAACCAAAUUCUUUUCAAAAAUACUACAAAAGUUCAUUCGUGCGCUAAUAAUGUGUAAUAUAAGCUAAGUUUUAUUCUUGUUCUUUCUUGUAUAGACUUCAUCAUCAUCAUCAGACUACUAAAGUCCAGCAGUGGGUCUGGUAAUGAGAAUUUAUUUUGAUUAAAUUUAAUUAAUAAUUUUAAGUGGCAAUAACAUUGCGGUAUAAAUUUGAUAGCUCAGUUGAACGUUUGAUUAUAACUCAGAGGUCCCAAGAUCGUAUCUCAGCACGGAUAUCGGAAUUUUUCAUAUCAUGUUUGAAUAAAUAAUACAUGAUCACUCACUUCGUGCCUCGGAGGUUUUGUAAAGUGGUCGUCCGGUAAGUCACGUUAGGGGCCUUCGUGUACAAGGAAGGCGACUUAGAAAUUUAACACCAGAGGGCGCCACCUUUAAACGAGUAUUACUUUACAGCAACGAGUAGGAUUAGUGUGAUUUUUCAAAAGGAACUAGGAUUAUUUACUUUGUUAAUAAUAAAACGGAUAAUUAUCAUGUUUUAAGGCUGUCGUUCGAAUUACACGAAAAGAAAAAGGUAUAUUUGAAGUGUUUUUUUUUUAUUUUUUAUUAAGAAUUAAUAAUA